AUGGGUUCCACAUCUGAAUUUGAUUUCGAUAACAUCCAGGGCGAUAUCUGGCCUGGCUUGUCGAAACGAUACCAGCAAUUCUUCUUUUUCAGUAUUGAAGAUCCUGCUGCUUUCAAAGCUGUACUGAAAACCCUGGCCGAUGAAGUUAUCACUUCUGCCCAUGAUGCCAUGCGCGACCGGGCUCAUAUCCACAAGGUCAAAGCAACGGAAUCCAAAGCACCGGAAUCUAAUUUCGCGGAAUCCAUUGGAGCUGGCAUAGUCGGUUUGGCUGCCCUGCCGCUCACUGUGCCUCUUAACUUCUUCAGUAAUCUUCUGGAGCCUCAUGAAAUCCCGAGGUCUAAAGGAUCCAACGAUGUCAGAAUAACCGGUGUCAAUAUGUCUUUCACCGCCAAGGGAAUGACCAAGUUGAGCAAGGAAAAGUUCGAAGAUGACCCAUUUCUCAAGGGCAUGUACAAGGACAUGGUGGCUGAAGGUAGAGACCAAGACGGAGACUGGAUGCCUGAAUUCAAGAAUGGCUCCAUCGAUGGAGUAGUGCUGAUUUGUGGUACCGAAUACGAGGUGAAGGAGAAAACACGAGAGCUAGCUCGGAAGUAUUUCUGCCGCAGCCACGGCGUUCGUCCUAUCUUGACAUUGGAUGGCAAUGAAAGACCCGGAAACCAGAGAGGACAUGAGCACUUUGGGUAUUUGGAUGGCAUCUCACAACCACUAAUCAGGGGCCUUGAUGACAACGCCGCGAAUGAACGUGGGGCUCGCAAAAACUUGACUAAUCCCGGGGUUAUUUUGUUCGGAUACGACGGUGAGGUGAGACAGGGAGUACCGUCAGCGCAGCCUACUUGGGCCAAGGACGGCAGUUUUCUGGUGUUUCGCAAAAUCAGGCAAUUCGUGCCUGAGUGGAAUCGUUUCUUGAAAGACGAGGCCACAAGACUGCACUUCACCCCAGAGCAGUUUGGGGCUCGGCUUAUGGGACGCUGGAAAAGCGGAGCACCCGUUCAGUUGAACCCUGUAAGGGACGACCCGGACAUGGCGACAUGGAACGAUUUUGACUAUCCUGAGAAUGACCAUACCAACUGCCCAUUUGCAUCUCACAUGCGGAAGACCAAACCCCGAUCUGGGAUGCAAAACUUCGAUGUGUUCGAUAUCAUGCGCCGUGGUAUUCCUUAUGGACCAGAGCUUGAUUGGACCGAGACGGAGAAGACCUGGAGAGACCGUGGUCUUAUGUUCCUAUGCUAUCAAACCAGUCUAACACUUGGCUUCCAAUUCAUCAGGAAAAAAUGGAUCGAUGUCGAUGAUUUCCCGGAAAAAAAGGCUGAGUUCACUGGCGGUAGACUUGCGGGACAAGAUGCCGUUGUUGGCCAGUCAGUCAAGAGUGACAUCAAAGGUCAUCACAAAAAUUCGCAAUUAGCCAUCGUGGAUGGUCAGGGCCAGCACAACCAGGUCACUUUCACGCCGUUCAUUCAAUCCAAUGGCGGUGAAUACUUCUUCACCCCAUCUCUAAAACUUUUGCGUGACCUUGCCGUGGCUCCAGCUGUUUAG